GGAAAGCCAGGAUCUCCUGGGUCCCCAGGGAUGCCAGGGGAACCUGGUGAAAGAGGACCUAUAGGAGAUAUAGGCUUCCCUGGCCCAGAAGGGCCACAAGGAAAACCAGGAAUCAAUGGAAAAGAUGGAUUGCCAGGUCCUCCGGGAGAUCAGGGUAUUCCAGGGGACAAAGGUCCACAAGGUGAACGGGGGAAACCUGGCCCAUCAGGAGAAAAGGGGGAUGUAGGUCCUAUUGGGCCACCAGGAGACAGAGGCUACCCAGGAUCACCAGGUCAUCAAGGUCCCCCAGGUGCACCAGGACCCCCAGGGUUUCCGGCUGAUACAGUUGCACUUGAAGAAAUAAAAAUAUAUAUCAAACAAGAGGUUCUUAAGGUUUUUGAAGAAAGGAUGGCUCAGUUUGUAUCCCAGCUGAAGCUGCCUGCUGCAAUGCUUGCUUCCCAAGCUCAUGGAAAACCAGGGCCCCCAGGAAAAGAUGGGUUACCAGGGCCACCAGGAAAGGACGGUUUGCCAGGGCCACCAGGAGAACGUGGAAUUCAAGGUUAUAGAGGACAGAAAGGGGAAAGAGGCGAGCCUGGGAUUGGACUGCCUGGUGACCCUGGACCACCCGGCCUUUCAGCUACUGGCCUGCCUGGCCCGCCGGGAGCACCAGGCUCACCUGGACCGCAGGGGCCACCUGGACCCAACGGGAGAUGCAACCCUGCAGAUUGCUAUUACCACAUAUCACAGACUCGGUCACGCACCAGUGGGAAAUAAAAACCCUCUCCCCUAGACACUUGGGUUCACAGUCACUUGUCACUCCUCUCAGUGAGUUAAUUUAACCUUUGAAAUAUUUGGUGCAUUUUUUUUCCCUCGACACUGCAUGGCGUAUAGACAAUUUAUAAGGCACAGGAUUGAGCCUUUCUGUAUGUUAUUUGCAGUGUCAUAAUUAUGAAAUGACAUAUAUUUUCCAGAGUGCAUUCCAUGUGUUAUGUUUCUCAUAUUUAUUUUGCUUAGAGGAGAAAAUAGACCCAAAUAGUUUUCAUAAGCUUCCUUCAAACAAAAAAUAUUUUAUCAUAACUUAAGACAGUAUGUAAGCUGGCUUUAUUUUUCUUGCUGGUGAUGAAGUUUAAAUGGAGAAAAAGCAUUUCUG